AUGAGCACUUUGAAUCCCUUAGCAUUUGAGGCCGCGACGGCUGCAAACGAGGUGGCUGCGAACUACGUGACCAAACACCGGACCUCGAAAGACGACGGUAUCAACUUUGCGAACUUCAACCAAGACUUCUCAUGCAUUUCUGUGGGAUAUGCUAACGGCUACAAGAUUUACAAUUGUGAACCGUUUGGUCAGUGCUUUUCAAAACUGGAUGGCAGCAUAGGCAUAGUUGAAAUGCUAUUUUCAUCCUCGCUACUAGCAAUAGUAGGAAUAGGUGAGCAACCGCCUUUGUCUCCUCGAAGGUUGAAGAUUUUAAACACCAAGAGGCAAACGGUGAUUUGUGAAUUAACUUUCCCAGGUGCCAUUCUAGCCGUUAAGAUGAAUCGAGAAAGGCUGGUGGUCCUCUUAGAAGAAACGAUCUACAUUUACGACAUUAACAACAUGCGCCUACUGCACACGAUCGAAAUACCCGCAAAUCCAAAUGGUUUACUAGCAUUAUCUCCAUCCACCGAAAACAAUUAUUUGGCUUAUCCGUCGCCACAAAAACUCGCCCCAAAUCCACAGUCGGAAACGGCUCCGCAUGCCAACGGGCAGAAUGUCAGAAACGGGGACGUUAUUAUUUUCGACGCCAAAACGCUUCAACCAACGAGUGUCAUCGAGGCUCACCGCACGUCGCUGGCUGCUAUCGCACUGAGUAAAGAUGGCUUGUUACUGGCAACCGCUAGUGACAAAGGUACCAUUAUUAGAGUGUUUUCUGUUGCUACAGGUAUCAAGUUGUACCAGUUUAGGAGAGGAACGUAUCCGACCCGGAUCUACUCUUUAGCUUUCAGUCCAGAUAACAAAUUUGUCAUUGCCAGUUCUGCAACCGAGACCGUUCAUAUUUUCCGUUUGGGUGAAGAGGAGGCUGCAAACACCAUUAAGUCAGCCAACAGAAAGGCUCGUCUUUCCAAGACACUGCCAUCAAAUCCGCUAGAAGUUUCGCCUGAUAUUUAUCCUCACAAUCAGCAUACUAGUUCGGAUGAAGAAGACGACGACGACGACUUGAACGACGAAGAGGGACUUGAUGAUGAUGAUGACGACGACGACUUGGACGUUGACGCUCAGAUACCGAACAGCUUGCAACGGGGUCGCUCUUCUUCCUCAGCUGGUUCUUACCAUAGCGCAGAGUCGAACUCAGACAGACUGAGAGAGCCGUUGGUCGACAACUCACGCAAGAGCGUGGCCAGAAUGCUGCGCAGAACGUCUCAAAGCCUCGGAAGGAAAGCUGCAGAGAAGAUGGGCACAUACCUUCCGCCUAGAUUCUCCUCCAUUUUGGAACCAAACAGACAUUUUGCUUCGUUGAAGGUUCCUGCCACUAAGGAGACCAAGACUGUUGUUGGUGUUGGUGGUAAGGCAUGGGACGAGCUGAUUUCCAACGUGUACUUGAAGGACGAGACCAGUUCCAUUCCGGAAACGUCAGAGGACCUGGUGAACAAAAAAUUGGUACACAUCAUGGUGAUUACUAGCGAAGGCUUCUUCUACAAGUUUGGGCUUGACCCCGAGCGUGGCGGAGACUGCGUUCUUCUGCACCAGCAGAGUCUGUACGGUUGA